GCUGUCCGUCAAGCCUUUAUACCCCUCCAGCGAAAGAAAUUCCAGCAGGUCAGGUGCCUGUCACACAACCCCGUACUGACCCAUGUGAUACCCACCUCUCUUAUCCCAUUUAUGCAUGCAUCCCUCACCGCUCCCACACUUCAUAUCACAGAUCACAUCACAAACCGCAGCAAAGAUACCAGUUUUCCCACCCAUCACAUUCCUAUCUAACACACCCUACAGUUACACUCCCCCCAAUCCGUUCCCCAAGAAACCCCUCGUUCCCCACUCUACCACACGCACUCCCCCGCCACCUCGCCAGAGCAUUCCAGCAUCCGACUUGGCAACAAAGGACCAGCACUCACGGUAAAGUAUUCGACUUCAGCGAGUCAAUAUCGGGAGAAGUGUCAUCCAUCCGCAUAGAAA